AAAUCUUCACUGAAAAGAAGAAAUUUUGCUCAAUAUACUCUUGACAUUUUUUGGAAACUGUAACAGACAAUGGAGUCACAAGAUUUUACAAAGUGGUUAGAUUCUACCAAAGAAUAUUUCAAAACAUUGAAGGAGGGAGAGAAAACACAGACCAUGGAAGUAUUACUACAGCUUUGUGGGCCAGAACAGUUGUUGUUUUUGACCCAGACUUAUCUCCCCUUGAACUGUAAAAUUGAUUUUCUGACCUGUCUUCCCAAUGAAAUCAGUGAUCAAAUUCUUUGUUACCUUGAUGCGACCUCAGUACACAGCUGCUGUUUGGUCAGCAAGUCCUGGAACUUGUGUGUAAGCCACUGUAAGAAGGUAUGGACAGAGCUUGUUUGGCAGAUUGGUGGUGUGAGACAGAUAGUCCUUAACAAACCAGCUCAUGUGUACAGGAAUCAGUUCAUCAGACGACAGACUUUCCUCACUACCUCACAGCGUGGGUCAUAUGUGUCAAGAGAGUACAGCCAGCAAAACAUUGAUAAUUUCUGUGUUUGGUCCUACAGACAAGGACGCUUUGCAGUGACUGGUAAAGGUGCUGCAGAAGUGUUCGUGGGAGAGAUAGAUUCCCCUGAAGAUGGAGUUUCUGUACCAAUAGACUGUGCUGUACGUGCCAUGGCAAUGGACAAAGAAUAUUUAUACAUAGCAUCAGAUUCUAUUGCCCUUGUUUACGACCUUCAAAAAUUUGACCUUUAUCAGAUGUUUCAAGGUCAUGUACGCUGUCUUCUCUCCAUUGAUGGUGACUCUUAUAGAGGAUUAGUUUUGACUGGAUCAGCUGAUUGUACCAUUAAGUUGUGGAAUCUUUACACUGCAGAAAUAAUCUUCUCUUCUCAUUUUCACCAUGUUGGCUGGGUCUGUCAUGUACAAUUUUUAAAGAAUUUGACUCCAUCAAUAAAGAGUUUCAUGUCUUAUGAUUCCAAUGCUCAUUUAAGUGUAUGGACUGUACAUAAAUCUGAACGAUCUGAAGUGUGGACUGUACAACAUGUUGACGAUGUGUUGACAGACAUGAAAAGGAUUCCAUUACCCUCCGAUGACAAGUGUGGGUUUUUUGUGUUCCAGAAACCUACUGAUGUGUAUCAGACAAAAUUCUGUAUAAUAGCUUACUUUAAUAUAGUAUUACAACACUCAGAGAAUCAUAAAUACAAACUAAAAUUGGUCAAACAUAUAGAUAUAAAUCACCGCUUUCAAGACAUGUUGGCUAUAGGUGAUAGGUUUGUGGUAUUUACUCAAGUGACGCUGGAGAAACAUUCAGUAUGUGUAUAUGACUUACACAGGCAAAGACUAUUGAUGAGGGUACCACUACCAGACGCACUUCCUGUAGGAAAAUGGGCAGUGACCUUGGAGAACCAGGAAUGGCUGAGUGGUUUUACUAGUGCCAACCUACCACAAAGUCUAUUCUUUGUACUGGUCCCUCAAUUUAUACAUAAACAUGAGAUCAAGCUGCUACACCACACCGACAGAAAACCUUAAGGUAGUGAUACAGCACUUCCCAAGGUGACAAACUGAUUUUAAAACCCACCCCUGUUUAAAGAUAAAAUUAACUUUCCAAAGAUGACCAAACUUUACACAAUCUCUUUCAACAGCUUCAACUUUCACUUUGAUAUCUAUUGGAAAAAAAACACUGGAUAAGGUCUUAUAUAUUCCUGAGAAGUGAAGAACUUACUUUAAACUGAAAGAAAUAAGGAAAUUCUGUGUAAGUUUUGGAAAUAAACACUAUAGAAUUACUUUCUUAGAUGAGUAGCUGUAUAUAUUUGUAUUGAGCCUGUUGUCUGUUGUAGUUUUAUGGUAUACAUUUGCCAGAGAAUCUGAUAUGAACAUUGAGAAUCUAAUACUUCUUUUUUCCUUCUAUAGCUGAACUAUAUCAUCAUGGACUUUGAUAUAGAUAUAAGUCUGUGGCAGCAGUGAAUGUCAGUCUCCA